CAGACAGACGAUGCAGCACAGACCGACGGUCAGCAACAGACACAAUCUUCUGAAAACACAGAGAACAAAUCACAGCCCAAACGGCUGCAUGUUUCAAAUAUUCCCUUCAGAUUUCGGGAUCCAGACCUCAGACAAAUGUUUGGGCAAUUUGGUAAAAUCUUAGAUGUUGAAAUUAUUUUUAAUGAGCGAGGCUCAAAGGGAUUUGGUUUCGUUACUUUCGAAAAUAGUGCUGAUGCGGAAAAGGCGAGGGAGAAAUUACACGGCACCGUGGUAGAGGGCCGUAAAAUUGAGGUAAAUAACGCAACGGCACGGGUCAUGACGAAUAAGAAGACAAUUAACCCUUACACAAACGGUUGGAAAUUAAAUCCAGUUGUUGGUGCAGUCUAUAGUCCAGAAUUCUAUGCAGGCAGGGUGCUCCUGUGCCAGGCAAAUCAAGAAGGAUCUCCCAUGUACAGUGCCCCCAGUUCACUAGUAUACACGUCCACAAUGCCGGGGUUCCCGUAUCCAGCUGCAACUGCAGCUGCCGCGUACCGAGGAGCCCACCUUCGAGGCAGAGGUCGCACCGUCUACAACACAUUUCGUGCCGCAGCACCCCCACCUCCAAUUCCAGCUUAUGGCGGUGUUGUUUACCAGGAUGGAUUUUAUGGUGCAGACAUUUAU